AUGGCAGCUCCGGUGAUGCAAAUCAAGGGCAUGAGGUUUCAUCCUACAGACGUUGAACUCAUUGAAUAUUUCCUCCACGACAAGGCCGAUGCCGAUCAAGCAGGCUGUUACUCCAGUUUCAUCCAUGAAUGUAAUGAUCUUUACGGCGAAAAGGCCAUGGAGCCAUGGGAUAUUUGGGACAAGUAUGGGGGUUCUACAUAUGAGGAAGGAGAGCCCCUCUACUUCUACACCAAGCGCAUCAAGCUGAACAGUGACGGCAAACGCUUUAAUCGGAAGGUAGGCUCCGGUACAUGGAGUGGAGAGUACUCGAAAGACGUCGUAGUUUCUUCGCAGAAUGGCAUAACCAAAAUUGGGACAAUGAGGAACUUACGCUAUGAGAUGAUCAAGGGAUGUGAUGCUACUCAAAACGGUGCAUGGCUUAUGCACGAGUACGAGAGUGCGUUCGACAUUGAACAUGAUUAUGUGAUUUGCGCUCUGAAAAGGAAUCCAAGAAGAGCGCAAGCUAAUCAGGAAGAUGCUGAAAUUACAAAAAAGAAUAGUGUCAAAAAAAGAAAGAGCGCGAGUUUUGUUGAUCAUCAAUCCAGAAAGCGGAAAAAGAAACUAAAGGAGGAAGAGAUUUAUGAGAUAAUUGAUCUUGAACCGUCAAAUAUGGUAAAGGAAGAAAGGAAGGAAGAGACAGCUUACGACGAUCAAGGUCGCAGCAGUUGUACGCAGCUGCCGGAGCAGCAGCCCUACCAUCAUGAUCAGGAUAAUGUUACUGAUUAUUUUUCAGGGCGCCUUGGUAAUAAUUAUGAUGAUGGUAUUUGUUUAGACGAUCUCAUUGGACCAAUUAAUUCUCCAUACUACAAGUCCUUUCAAUAUGAGAAUCAGUUGUAUCACGGCGACGACAGCAAGUUCAACUUCAUGGAUUACACGAAUGGAGGGACGUCACAGCUGCCUGAGAAUCAGUUAUAUCACCGCAGCGACGACAGCAAGUUCAACGUCAUGGAUUACAUGAAUAUUGGAGGGAUGUCACAGCUGCCCGAUGAUCAAGCCACUGUUGAUUACCUAGAGAAUUUCUAA